AUGUCUGCUACAACAACAGCUACAGCGGAUCAACCCCGCAAGAAGCUCAUUCUCAAUGCCUUUGUUGAAAUGUGCAGCGGCCAUCAAUCCCCAGGACUCUGGAGACACCCCGAAGACGAAUCCUACCGCUUCAACGACGUCGACCAUUGGGUCGAGCUCGCCCAGCUGCUCGAAUCCGCUAAGUUCCAUGGUAUAUUCAUUGCUGAUGUCCUAGGAGGAUACGACGUCUACAAAGGACCAAGGAACCUUGAACCGGCUAUCAUCUCAGGUGCUCAAUGGCCCGUUAAUGAACCGCUGGCUGUGGUCCCCGCCAUGGCUGCUGCGACAAAGAAUAUUGGUUUUGGGGUCACGGUUACCACGACGUAUGAGCAGCCGUACCAUCUGGCUAGACGGUUGUCUACAAUUGAUCAUCUUACCAAGGGACGGGUAGGAUGGAACAUUGUCACCGGUUAUCUUGACUCUGCUGCUCGCAACCUGGGACAUAGCCAGCAGCCCCAGCACGACGAUCGCUACGCCGUCGCAGAAGAAUACAUCAAAGUAACCUACAAACUCUGGGAAUCAUCCUGGCGCUCCGAUGCCGUCAUCCUCGACAGAGAACGCGGGAUAUACACCGACCCAUCCCGAGUCCGCGAAAUAAACCACGUUGGCAAAUACUUCAGCGUCCCCGGCCCACACAUCUGCCAACCAAGCCCCCAGCGUACCCCAGUGAUCCUGCAAGCCGGCACCUCGAAAGCCGGAAAGAACUUUGCGGCACAGCACGCAGAGGCAAUAUUUGUUGCUGGACACAGUCCCAGCGUUGUGGCAAAGAAUAUCUCCGAGAUCCGCGAACUGGCAAGAGAGAAUUUCGGUCGUGACCCGCAGAGUAUCAAGUUUUUGGCCCUUCUUUGUCCGGUCCUGGGACGGACAGAGGAAGAGGCUGUGGAGAAGUUCAAGUAUUAUCGGAGUUUGGGGUCGAUAGAUGGUGCCCUUGCUCUCUUUGGUGGGUGGACGGGUAUCGACCUGAAUAAGUAUGGUGACGAUCAGGAAUUGCGCCAUGUAGAAAGUAAUGCCAUUCGCUCUGCCGUUGAAGGCUGGUCUAAAGCAACUCCCGAAGUAUCAAAAUGGACCAAGGCAACCGUAGGCCAACAUAUCACCGUGGGCGGCCUAGGCGCAACACCAGUUGGCACGCCAGCACAAGUUGCAGACCAAAUGGAGCGCUGGGUCCGAGAAGCUGAUGUUGAUGGAUUCAACCUUGCAUAUGCCAUUAAACCCGGCUCAUUCAAGGAUAUCAUCGAUCUCCUUAUUCCCGAGCUUCGCAAACGCGGACUCUUCUGGGAUGACUACGCCGUCGAGAAGGGGACGUUCCGGGAGAAUCUCUAUGGGAAGAAGGGCCAGUCGGGACCCCCGGCGGAUCACCCUGCCUCGAAGUAUCGGUGGAAUGCUGGUGUUGAUGCGGCGGACCAUAAGAUUCCAGACGAUGAAUAGACCGCCGUACAUGUAAGUAUCUAGAUUAUUCUAAGACUACUGUAACAAGACAGAAAGAACG